AUGAAGAAGAUGCAGAAAAGACAGCCUUCAUUACGCCUUGGGGGUGUAUAUCAUUAUCGUGUGAUGCCUUUUGGUCUCAUAAAUGCCGGUGCUACUUACAUGAGUGCUAUGACAACCAUCUUUCAUGAUAUGAUUCACAAGGAGAUCGAGGUGUAUGUAGAUGAUGUCAUAGUCAAAUCCCAUGAGAGUUCGGAUCACUUGACUCACUUAAGGAAAUUCUUUGAUCGCUUGCGUCGAUACAAUUUGAAGUUAAAUCCUGUCAAAUGUGCUUUUGGGGUGCCAGCUGGCAAUCUGUUGGGAUUUAUAGUCAGCAUGAGGGGCAUUGAGCUUGACCCUUCAAAAAUCAAAACGAUUCAAGAGUUACCUCCACCGAAGAUCAAGAAAGAGGAGAUCAAAGCACAAGCCUUGGCUGAUCAUCUUGUGGAGAACCCAGUCGAUGAAGAGUAUAAACCGCUCAAGACUUAUUUUCCCAAUAAAGAAGCAGCAUUUGUGGGUGAAGAUAUUUCUGAAGCAUACCCUGGUUGGAGGGUAUUCUUUGAUGGAGCGGCAAACCACCAAGGAAAAGGUAUCAGAGUGGUCUUAGUGUCAGAAUCUAGUCAGCACUAUCCUAUGGCGGCUAAACUCCGAUUUUAUUGCAUGAACAACAUGGCUGAGUAUGAAGCUUGCAUCCUCGGUUUAAAGAUGGCAAUUGACAUGAACGUUCAUGAGUUGCUGGUUAUUGGAGAUUCAGAUUUGUUGAUUCAUCAUGUUCAAGGACAUUGGGUCGUAAAGAACCCAAAGAUCACAAUGUACAUGCAAUAUAUACAGAAGUUGUGCAAAAGAUUCUGCAAGAUUGAGUUCAGACACACUCCCAGGACACAUAAUGAGUUGGCCGAUGCUCUUGCCACCAUUGCCUCAAUGAUUAAACAUCCAGAUACAAGUUAUAUUGAUCCCUUGGAUAUAGAGAUAUAUGCUGGAGUUUGUGGUACUCAUAUGAAUGGACUCACUUUGGCGAGGAAGAUCCUUCGCGCUGGUUAUUUUUGGAUGACUAUGGAGCAUGAUUGUUGCAAGUUGGUGCAGAAAUGUCAUAAAUGUCAAGUGCAUGGUGAUUUGAUUCGAGUGUCGCCUCAUGAACUCAAUGCUAUGAGUUCACCUUGGCCGUUUGUAGCUUGGGGCAUGGAUGUCCUUGGUCCAAUAGAGCCAACCGCCUUUAACAGACACAUAUUCAUUUUGGUUGCUAUUGUAGCUUUACCAAGUGGGUGGAAGAAGCUUCGUACAAGUCGGUUUGGAGUAUCAAAAUCCAUCAUUACUAAUAAUGGAGCGAAUCUCAACAGUAUGAGAGAGAUAUAUGAACAAUUCAGGAUUACUCACCGGUACUCAACCAUCUACCGUCCCCAAAUGAAUGGAGCUAUAGAAGCCGCCAAGAAGAACAUCAAGAAGAUUUUGAGAAAAAUGAUUGACAAUCAUAGAGGUUGGCAUGAGAUGUUGCCAUAUGCUUUGUUGGGUUACAGAACGACUGUCAGAACGUCAGUUGGAGCUACUCCAUACUUGUUAGUAUAUGGAACAGAAGCAGUUAUACCUGCCGAAGUUGAGAUACCUUCAUUGAGAAUCAUCCAAGAAGCUGAAUUGAGUGAUGUUGAUUGGGUCCGCAACCGAAUUGAUCAGUUAACAUUGAUUGAUGAGAAAAGAAUGGUUGCCGAUGAGUACAAAGGGAAAUUUGCACCAAAUUGGCAAGGACCCUACAUGGUCCGCAAAGUGUUAUCUGGAGGUGCCUUAGUCCUGUCUGAGAUGGAUGGCACCGAAGCUGAAACCAAUCAACUCAGAUGCUGUCAAGAGAUAUUAUGUGUGAAGUUUCACUCUAUAAGCUUGCCUCAACAGCAUCAUAUUCCUCCAUUCAAUGAACAAGGAGAAGUCAAAAGGACGAGGAGCUCCCCAAAAUUAACAAUUUUUCUGUGA